AUGGUGAAUAGGCCGGGGGUGAGGAAAAUCAUUGAAGCGACGGUGCGGAGGACUCCGGUUAACGACGGAAGCAGUUCUGAACUAUUGGUGGCGAGGCUGAGUGCAGGGCUCAGAGCCUACACACGGGAUGAAAGCAAGAGGGUCAGAGCGACGGUGGUUUACCUGACCAACACGGUUGCAAUUCUGAUGCAGAGGCUGAUGGGGGAACCCCUCUGCACCAGAACGAAGGAGUUGCUGAAGGUGAAGGAGGGGCAGCUGAAAAUGUACCAGGCAGCUAAGAAGAAGCGGCUGCACAUUCAGGCGGGUUCCACGGCGGAGAUGACAGGAGAAAUCGCCUCUAAGAAUCUCUCGGCGAAGGUGCAGGCGCGGAAGGUUCAUACCCAAAUCAUGGAGCUGAAGGAUGGCGCGGGGUCAAUUACUGGCUCAAAGGAAAUUCUGGAGGCGGCGUCUGGCUACUUCCGGAAUAUCUUCGGUGCUGACCGUCGAGUUGAGGGUGCGGAGUGGAGUUUUAAUCCGGUUCGUCGUUUGGACGAGAUGGUGGCUGAAACACUAACAGCGGAUUGGACAGAACAGGAGGUUAAAAAGGGGUUUGCGGAAAUGGCGAGGAACAAGUCCCUUGGUAGCGACGGUCUGCGAAAGGAGUUGUUUGAGGCACAUUGGGACCUGCUGGGGGAAAGCUUCAUGGUCAUGGCAAAGAGCUUCGAGAGCAGCGCUUCUCUGCCAGCUAAAUUGAAGGAAGCGAUGACGAUUCUGCUGCACAAGAAGGGAGACAAAGAGCAGCUUAAUAAUUAUCGCCCCAUAACUCUGCUGAACUUCACCUACAAAGUGCUAGCGCGGGUGGUGGCGGAUCGCAUGAAAUCAGUGCUGCACAUGGUGAUCUCACCGGAGCAAUAUGGCUUCAUCCCUGGUUGCCGUCUGUCGGAUGCGGUUGCUCUGGUGGCAGAUAUCAUUGAGGGCGCAAAAGACGGAAAUGAGGACAGGUACCUGCUUCUGGUGGAUUUCCAGAAGGCCUUUGACUCAGUCUCGAGGGUAUUUCUCUUCAGCGUGUUGGAGAAGAUGGGCUUCCCGGAGCGGCUUGUUGGCUGGUUCAAGGUGGAAGCAGAUGGCGGAGAGUUUUAUGCGGUCACCCUUCUCAGUCAGGAACUUGGUGGGGAGCAAGGAGGAGGUUCUGCGGGAGCGGAUUUUCUUCAAUAA